GAAAAAUCAAAUGACACAAAUUAUGCACAGAAUUGCAACACGCAAUGCUUCUUUCAAAAUUCCCCCUUUCAAAUUUUAUCAUUUAAUGACAUCUCAGAUCCGUUUCUUUUUGACAGACAAAUUAUGUACAAGCAAGGAUCUCUCUCACUCUCUCAAACCUGGGCUGAAAUUUUCUCCGUAGCAGAGUAUCAGCUUUGCUUUUAAUCAAGCUGCCUGUUUUCGAUUUUCAUCCAAGUCACUGAUAUGCUGCGAGAAGUAGUAUUAACCCAUCAAGUGUGGGUUUCUGUUAAGAGUGUGGACAUAAACAAAGAGAUCCUAGCAAGCUAUGUAGUUGGACGCUCUCUAAAGCAAUUGUCCAAAGACAAGGCCUGCAAACAUGGCUACAUGCUUGCGGUAACCAAAUUGAUCCGUAUAGGGCGCGGAGAGAACAAGCUCUGUCCAGAACACAUUCUUUUUCCAGUAGUCUUUCGCUGCCGAGUCUUUAUACCUGUGGCUGGGGAGGUCUUGACCGGGGUAGUGCAACACGUGGUUAUGGGUGGUGUCUUUCUCAAAUCUGGACCCAUGCACAUGGUUUACUUAUCAACCCGACUUAUGCCAAAUUACUUAUUUGUUCCGGGGGAGAGAACCUAUGUUCGGGACGACUCAUCCAAGAUUGGGAUUGGUGUGGUGGUGCGAUACUCCGUCUAUGCUGUUAGGUGGAUUGAGGACAAGUAUAGGGAAUUUAGAGUUCUGGCAACUAUCGAUGCGGAUGGCCUUGGGCCGGUUGCUUUGAACGGCUUAGAUGGCAUAGCUUCCUGAAGUACUAUUGAGAAUGAGAGGUAUAUGCUUACAAGUUGUUUGUAAACGUGUCCAAGACUUUAACUUAUAGUGUAGAAGAAAAAUGGGAGCUACAUCUUUAGAGAAGCUCUGUAAUUCUUAUCUUUUUAAUUAUCAUGAGAGUAUCUCUGUGGAUAUGUAUGAUUUCCUCGUUGUUUUAGUUCAUUAGUUCUUAUGUGUUCUCA